AUGCAUCUCACACAGCCCCUUUCCGUGCUUCUGGUUCUCAUCGAGGUCGCUGUCACAGCACCCCUCGCAGCAGCUACGCCAAAGCUGCUCAUCUGCUCCGACUCAACUACUGCCAACUACGCUGUUGGAAAUGCUCUUCAAGGUUGGGGAUAUUACAUCGGAGAGUAUCUGUCUAUCUCGGUAGACAACCUGGCCAUAAAUGGCCGCUCGACACGAUCCUUCAUCAACGAGGGCCAUUGGAGCGCCCUGCUGGACUCGGCCGCUGCUAGUGACUUUGUCAUCAUCGAGAUGGGCCACAACGACGAUGGCGAUCCAACGACAGACACAGACGAUCGAGCUACGCUGCCCGGGAUCGGCAACGACACUGUCGUUGUCACCAACUCGACCGGGCAGCAAGAGACAGUUGAGACAUUCGGCUGGUAUCUGCGCACGAUGAUCGCCGAUGUCCGCGCAAAGGACGCAGUUCCGAUCAUCUCGGGGAUGGUGAACAGGAACUACUGGACUGGCGAGACGCUGCAAGCAGACUGGCCGUUUGCCGACUACGCACAGCAGGUCGCUGAGCAGACGGCUGCGCAAUGGGUCGACCACACGGCGUACUCUGUUGAGGAGUGGCAGUCGUUUGGCUCGGUCGAGGCGAAGACGUACUACCCUAACGACAACACGCACACGAACUGGGAUGGCGCGAGGAUCAAUGCGGAGACUUUCGUCCAGGCUGUCAAGUAUCAUUGUGGUGGUGAUAGUCCGCUGAAGGCGUAUCUCAACUCGAACGGGACAGCGGUGUCUGAGCCUGGGGCUCUGGCAUGUUAG